CGUUAAUUUUUUUUCCCAUUUUUGACCAACAAAGAUGGCAGGAAUACGGGGGACGGAGGGCGAGUACAGGAGCGCGAGCCCCGCGGUGAGCUCUUCACGCUUGCGUCACGUCCAGGCCCUGCUGAGGGACGGCGGCACGGCUGCUUCUCCAGAUGCGGUCCUCUGCCCCCUCGGUAUCGACAGCCGGUACAACCAGGGCUGUUGCGAACUGGCCGGCUACCUGUUCUUCGGCCUCUUCACGCGGAACCAUCUGGACCGAGACUUUCAAUUCCCGGAAGAGCUGCUCGACGAUGUGAUUCUGUUGAUCAAAGCGGACAGCGUGCACCUUUACUGUAACCCCAUCAAUUACACCUGCGUCCUGCCUUUCGUCUCGCACUGGAGGAACCUGCAUGUCCACUGCUUGACCGAGGCGGAGUAUGAGGAUGAGGAGGCUGCCGAAGAGUUCAAGAUCUCAAGCUUCGUGAACAUGGUGCAGGGCUGCAGCCACAUCGGGGUCCCGUACAGUCCCCAGGGUUACGCUCAGAAAUUUGACAUGUUUGCGGUGGAGAAGUGGCCCAUAAUACAGGCUUUUGCCCUGGAGGGCAUUGGGGGUGGAGGCUUUUUCACCAUGAAGCACAAGCUGACGGACGUGAGCGAGAAGCUCUGGCAGAUCUACGGCGCAGUGGAUCCCGUUUCUCUGGAGAUGCUGCUGACCGCGGACCUGGUGACCUUUGAGAAACAGUGGAGCAGCUUCUUCUCCAACUUUGACACCGAGAGCUACGCCUCCAUUCUGGAACUUUCCGAAGCUCAGGCUGGAGAGCCAUUCCGUACAUAUUUCUCCCACGGACUCAUUUCCAGCCAAAUCAACAACAGAGGUAAAUGCCGGCAGCCCUUUGUGCUAUUUGGAAACCACUCCACUAAGGAGGACCUGAACAGCUACUGCUUCACCUUCCCGUCGGAGGACCACCAGGUCCGGAACACCGGGCCCCUGGGGACCACAGCUAAACACAUGGUGGUACAGUGCGUGUCACCAAAGGGCCCGCUGGCAUGUGCUCGGACCUACUUUUUUGGGACCGCCCACGUUCCAUGCGCAGGAACAGGCAGCAAACCCCACAAGAAAGAAGUAACGUUCCUGACUCAGGUGUAUGAAGCUGCGGUCCAAGCAGUUCUUGCUGGAAUAAAAUGCUUCUGCUCCACAUCCAGCGUCUCCAAGGCAACGGAUGCGGCAGAACGGGCCUUUCGGUUCUCCCUGGACACACAGUGUCUGAACCGGGUCCAAAACGCUCUUCUGUCGAAAACAAAUUUCAACAUUCAAGCCGUGAAUAAUGAAGGACGAAUAAUCCCUGUGGAAAGUGUGGAGAGCAGGUUCUCGGUGAAAACUGCUUCCAUGGAAGUCUGUGACAUUCCAGACCCUCAGGGUGGAGAAGAACCGUUGGGUUCCUUGGUGUUCUCAGAGUCCUUUCUGGAAUCCAGACUGUAUGUGCAGAAACAAGGCAACGGCGUUUCCUGCGACAGCUGUUUCACCGUCCUCACCGCCACUGUCCCGCGUUACGUCUCCUGGCUGGCAGAGGAGUCAGAUGUGAAACUCUCUGAGGAGGUUCAGCAGUUGCUGAAGGGGGAAGUGGACACAUUCCUAGGGACGGCCCUGCUGUCCGACGAGUCCACGCUGGUCUUGUCCUGCGGUCCCCUCUCUACUGCCAUGGAAGGAAAAAUCAGCUUCUUCUCCGAAGGCGUUCUUUUCGUCCAUCCGCACUGCGGCAGCGUCACUUUGCCGAGGCGCCACAUCAGAGCUCUGCGAUACUUCGAAGGGGACUCCUCUCAUACGGUGUCGACUCUGUUCCUGGAUUACAAGAGCUCCUUGCUUCCCCACCUGCCGCUUCAGCUCCGUAGCACCUCCUCCACUCUAGCUUUUGCCCUGCAGACAAAGACCAAGGCCCCCCGAUCCUUCCGCUCACAGGUGGUGAUGGUAUGGCAGCAGCAGACCCUUGAAUCUGGACUCGUUCUACAGACAGUUGGCAAGGAGCAACUCUCCCCAGAGGAGAAGACCAUGCUCUCACAGCUCAACCGGUUGUGCGAGAGCCGCACCCUCCUGGACUCAGAGCAUUCUGGUCCCCUGAAGGCUAUCAGAACGGUGGUCCCUGAGCUUGACACGUUUCUACAGCACUUUGCCCUCAGCAGCAUGGGCCAGAAGCCAGUGCAGAGCAAACACCUGGAAGCUCUGUUCGGUCAGAAAGAGCCAGCCCGCCCUCAUAACAGCCAAGCAGAUAAGAUUGUGAUGACCAUUUUGACUGGGAUACCUGGGAGCUCCAAGGACGGUCUCUGCAGCUUCCUUGAGAACGAGAAUAAGUCCUACAGAAGGUGGGCGGUUUACCACCCUACCCUGGAGAGUGGCGAGUCCUUCUGCCAUGUGCACUUUCAGCGCUACCUAACAUCCGUUUUGCAGAGUCAGAUGGGAAACAGGGUGCGCCAGUCCACUGUGUCGCACUGUGUGUCCCGGUUACUGGUGAUCACUCCGGGGUACACAGACGUGGUAGACGUGGUUCAGGCUCUUCUUACCCAUCCAGACCCGGAGACCCGUGAAGCUUUCGGCGUGGGAGCCGUCACAGCCUGCAUCGACCCCCUCAGCUCAUACAUGGAGCACAGAUACCUGUUUCCCAAGCUCUUGGAGCAGUGCAGCCACGGCUUGGUCAGCACUGUAGUGUUCACAGGAUUGACCCAGGAGCCAAGACACCGUCUCCUAGUGCAGCUCCAGCAGCUGGUACGAGCUGCCAACCCCGGUGCCACCUUCAUUCUGGCCGAAAAGGGCGCCGUCACAAGGAACGAAGAUAUCGAGCGGAUUCUGUCCGAGAGCAGUUUUUCUGAGCCCGAGAUGCUGAGAGUCCGUUACCUUCUGUACCCUGGAUUGAAUGAGGGUAAGUUCUGCUCUGGCAUCAUGUCUCCCAUCAUGAGCCAUCAGUGUGUGACCUUCAACCGACCUCUGGACCGACUUUGCUUUGCAGCCAAAUGCAAAGAACUAAAGUCGUCUUUGAAACCUAACCCUUUCAGUGGAAAUAUCUACUACAUCUUCGGAACUGUCAGAUUUUCUGAUUUGGAUACGCCAAUGGAGGUGAACUUCAGCACACUCAGUGGUACGUUGAGCUUGGUCCCAGCAUUGGAGGUGUCCAGGCAUCCCACCCAAAGCUGCUUUCUGCAGUUUGAGGGUGUGGACCUCACCCAGGAGGGCCUUAAGGACUGGCUGCGCCAGUGCACCCAGCGGAAACCUGCAAAGAAAGCAUUGAAAACAAAGAAGACAUUGACCCUGCAAGAGAUCAGAAUGAUCCAUGUCGAGCACCAUCUGGAUCCUCUGUCAACUGGCUACUUCUACAAUGGCAACCAGUUUAUGAACUUUGGAGAAAAAAUGAGCUUUCACCCAUUGAUGGAACGCUUCAUUGACCAGUAUGUGGAGAGGGCCAACAAGGAAAUAGAGAGCUUCAACCAGCAACUGGAACAGCAGGGUCAGUGGGACCUCUUUGAUCCCUAGAGACCACCGUCUGUGAUCUUUCUUAAUUCCUCUGGGCAGUUCAGGGUGGGUAGGGUGGGGUUGGUGCCAAUACCACUGUGACAUUCCAUGAAAUGUUUGCUCAAGAAGCUCUGGCCUGAUCACCUCCACUAUUAAGCAUAUAAACUGGGCAGAAUGACUGUACAACAAAAUCCCAUUUUGGUGAGAUAUAUCUGAAAAUGGGGUCCCUCACUCAGUGUUUACACACAAAACAUGAACAAUUUAGGGUCUGUUUUCUGCUUAAGAAUUGGCUGUUCUGCCCAUACCUGUUGUGCCAUUCAGGCUGCGUUACCAAGAAUUUAAGGUGAGCAAAGCAGACGUCUGAGCUUUAGCAAUUGGCAGUGAAAGUUGGACCCGGUACUGAAUCUUGGUCUCUGGUUUUCUCUUAAACCCAAACCAAGAAGGUCUGUGAUCUGCAGAAAAAAGUUGCAAUAAAAAGACUGCAAAUAUUAAUGCCCUCCGGUCCCUUCUAAACGCUUACAGUUAGAGCAGUCAUGGUCUGUUAAGCUACAAUUGAUAGGACAGCA